UGCUCGGCGCGGGCGCCAUUUUGGACGGGCCGCCGGAGCUUCUCCCGCGGUGGUGACGGUUGGCGGCGGAGGUCGGCCCGGCUCAGCGGCGGCGGGAGCGACCUGGGUUUCGGCGGGUCCCGCUGCCGAGAUGGCCAAUAUCGCGGUGCAGCGGAUCAAGCGGGAGUUCAAAGAAGUGCUGAAGAGCGAGGAGACGAACAAAAAUCAAAUUAAAGUAGACCUUGUAGAUGAAAAUUUUACAGAACUAAAAGGAGAAAUAGCAGGGCCUCCAGAUACACCAUAUGAAGGAGGAAGAUAUCAAUUAGAAAUAAAAAUUCCAGAAACGUAUCCUUUUAAUCCCCCUAAGGUGCGGUUUACCACCAAAAUUUGGCACCCUAAUAUUAGCUCAGUCACCGGAGCUAUCUGUUUGGAUAUCCUAAAGGAUCAGUGGGCCGCAGCAAUGACUUUAAGAACAGUGUUGUUAUCCUUACAAGCACUCUUGGCAGCUGCAGAACCUGAUGACCCACAAGACGCAGUUGUGGCAAAUCAGUACAAACAGAAUUCAGAAAUGUUUAAACAGACAGCUCGACUUUGGGCGCACGUUUAUGCUGGAGCACCAGUUUCUAGUCCGGAAUAUACCAAGAAGAUAGAAAAUCUUUGUGCUAUGGGAUUCGAUAGGAAUGCAGUAAUAGUGGCCUUGUCAUCGAAAUCAUGGGACGUAGAAAGAGCAACAGAACUACUCCUGAGUAACUGAGCAGAAACUGCUUCAGUGUAGCCCAGCCUGCCUCUUCCUUGAGGAGCGUCAUGUCGUCAUCUCUUCUUUUUAGGUUUCAAUAUAGAUUCUCUUUUAAAACUGGCGUUCUUGCCUGAUGCUAUCUAGGCCCUGUUGGGAGACUGACAAAAACAAAAAACAAAAACUGCUUUGUAAAUAAAGCUAAUUAAACAUCUGUGUAAAUUUAAAACAAAAAAAAAGAAACAAAACAAAAAAAGGGGGCGAAAUACUUUAUUUUUUUUUUCCUUACUAAAUAUUGUAAAUUCCUUGAGCUUGGCUAAAAAAAAGAGAGAGAGAGAGAGAGAGAGAGAGAAAAUUUAGUGCUAGCAGUGUGAGCAAGACUUAAGCAGGAAUUUGCAUCAGGAUUUUGACUUUGUUCAGAACACAUCAUGUUGUGUCUGUCAUCAUCGUUGUCACUCAUCCCGGCUCCCUUAAACCGUUUUUUAAAGAUGGAUCGAUCCUACAUGCCCGUGGACUGACCUUAAUAUUUGCAUGCUUGUACUUUUACCUAGAUGCUUUGAGCAAGUAGGGUGAACUGAACACAGCACCAAUUGAAGUACUUUAAAAAAAAAAAAAGAGUAUUCAUUCUUGUAAACUUUUUGCCUAAAAAGAUUUUUUUCCAGAUGGCCUCGAAACUCAACGUUUGGGGGUGGGGAGGGUGGCCCUCACUGUUAUUUUCAUUACCUUUUGGGGGGAGGUUUAACAAUCCUGAACCCCUCCUUCCCAGCCUCCCCCCCCCCCCCCCCCCCCCCAAGCUGCACGCACAGUUGCAAUAAUCACCCUAGGAACAUCUCCAGAAAUUGUGGGGUGCCUGUGGCAUCUGGCCUCGUUGUCCCACUUCGUGUGGUCUUUGGAAUAACCCGUACACAAGUGUUUCCACCGUUGUAAUUUCUACACAAAAUUGUAUAAAAAGGUUUGGUCUCUUUUGGACAUAGCACAAACCCAGUGGAGCUGCUGUUUUAUUUCUUCUUGCAGGAAAUCAAACCUCUUUCAAUAAAUUCUGGCUAGAAUGAAUGUGCUGAAAGGAGCCGGGUCUCUGUUAAAAACACUUGGGAAUUGCCACUUUUUUCUGUGACGCUGUCAGCUUUUUGGACAUAAAUCAGCAGUGGCUUAUAAAAAGGUGGUUUGUGCAAGAACCACUUGUGUGUGUGUUUCUCCCCAGCUGACAUUUGGAAAUCCUGUUGGUUUUUGGUUUUUGUUUUUUUUACUGUACAUAUAUGUUCAAUGCCGGUAAUUUCUCCCAAGAUGAGCAGUCCUGCUAAAGGAGCUGUACAUAUACAGUGUGUAUUCACUCUUCAGGUUGUUAAGUUUUCUAUAAGACAACAAAAACACCUAUUUUUUGUUGAAAGGGGGGGAAAAUUUGUCGAGCCUUCCCGCAAAUUCUUCUGAGCAAAAAUGAAGCAUAUCAAAUUUAUUUGCCGCAAUCCCAAUUUCGUAUGUACUGUAGAUAGAAAAGGUUUACAUUGAGAAUAUGUCUUUUUAACUGAAGAACAGGCAAUGGGCUACUUGUAGGUUUUUGCGAAAUUGUCAUGUUACAUUACUGUAAUAUAUAUAUAAUCUCGAGAUGUGCGUGCAGGAUUCCCUCCUGCAAGUUAUUCAAGUUAUAGUUUCAGAUACUAUGACACAGAAAAUAGUAAUUAUUUGUGCAAUAGGAGGCACUGCUUUUUUUCACAUCCCAUUUCUGCCUUGGGUGAUUGUGUGAUUUAUCGGACACGUCACAUCAAUCACUGGCAGAAGCCAAAGGAAAUGUGAUUCCCCCCCUUUUUUUUUUUUUUUUGGUUGGUAUUUCUUCAAUAUUUAUUUUUUUUUUAAAAAAAAGAAAAAUUGUUGCUGCUCAACAUUUUUUGUUAAAAUACUAGCUGGGGCAAAUACAGCCCUUAGCAAUUUGCCAUUUGUGUUUGUAUUUUUUUUUUAAUAGUCUAUAUUUCGAUGAGGUCAUCACAAUAUGAUUUACCCUGGUGGUAAUUGUGUAAGCAUACGAUUUCAUAUUUCCUUGUUCUUUGCGCAUUAUUAAACGAAAGACCUGGGGAGUAGGUAGUUGGGAUAAAAAUGUCGUCUUUUAUAUUUCGAUAACCUUUCUAAGGGAAAAUUCUGCGGUGGGGUCAAAUGAAAUUAGCAAGGCUCUGAACGCAGGAAGGGGGCCUGGUGAUAGAUACGGGUAGUCCUUGACUUACAAUUCAUAAAGCUCAUUUAGUGACCAUUGGAAGUUACAACGGCAUUGGAAAAUGUGACAUUGCCAUUUUCCACACGCCCUUUGUAGCAUUCCCACGGCCAUGCAAUCCCCUUUUGCGACCUCUUCAGCAAAGUCAAUGGAGAAGUGAGAUUCACUUCGCGUGUUACUAAGUUACAACGGUGGUGAUUCGCUCAAUGGCUGUGACAAGAAAGGUCGUAAAAUGAGGCAAAACUCAUUGAACAACUGUCUCACUUUUGGGCUCCAUUGGGGUCGAGUCAAGAACUACCUGUACGUCACUGUUCAGCUGUUCCUUGAAUACUUUCAGUGAUAAUUUCAGCUUAGCUUUAAACUUCUCCAUAAAAGAGAGUGAACAUUGGACAAUGGGAGAGCCAAUUUAUAUGGAAAACUCUAGAAGUACUAAGUUUGGCUAGUGCUUCAACCCUAAUUCAACGAAUAGAAAUGUAGGGAGAAAGGAUUGGCCUAUAUAUGUUUAACCAAGACUGAUAAUAUAACUAGCAGUGAGAGGGACUAGAUCCUUGUGUUGGACCUGGAAGGCAAUUGAGCUGAACAGGUGAAAAUGCUGUCAGGAUAAAUCUAAAUUGCAGAUAGCAAUGACUUGGAAAUGAUUGGCUAAAUUUACAGCCCCCCCCCCCCC